UUUAAAAAAAACUUAUGCAUAUGCAUUACAUACGUAUUUAUGUAUACAAAGGGACCGGUUGAUCUGACCAGCUGCUAUAAAUACCUGCAUGAAUACGCAAUUUUAUUUCAGUCUACAAUAAACUUUGUUCAGCCAAUUCGUCUCGCAGCAGAAUAAUUAAAGUCUCAAAAUGAACGCCUUGAUCGCAAUUUUCAUGUUCGCCAUGUUGUUGGCUGUGGCCUAUGCCGGUCAUGACGACAACGGGUUGGGGUACGGGUCCUACUCCCUGCACAACGGAGGCUACGCCACAGGAAUCGGUUCUUACGGAGGAUUUGGCAGUCACGGCGUCCACGGUUAUCGUGGCGCUAUUCACGGUCAUGGUCAUGGUGGAUAUGGCUUUGGCUAUUAAAGCUAUUCAAGGCUUAAACAAAGUGUAUAUCACGAAGCCAAAUAAAAAUCUAUUUUGUCGCAAAAUCAAAAGUACAACUUGGUUCAUCAAUAUUCAGUAAAGUCAUAGUUUAUAGUAGCGAACUGCAUCUAUUAUAUCGAUGCAUGAAUAUAUUUGCAUAAGACAACCAAAUUGUUUAUUGCGAGUAAAAUUCGCCGUUGAAUCGUAUGAAAUAUAGCACAUAAUAAAUAAUGCAUGAGCAAAUAUAUUUAGCUAAAUGUAAUGAAAUCCAGAUAGCUAUGCAAGAAGCAAGGAGAUAAGUAUGGAAAUUGAAAUUGAGCUUGCGUCUACGAGUCAAUACUACAAAUCAAUACUGUUAAAUAUUUGCAUAACAUUUUGUACAUUUGCCAAAUUAUAUUUGUCACUCAAUAAUAAAUUCAUGUCCGAUAUUUUCAUAAGUCAACGCCUAAUACUCAGAGUUAAAUAUAUCUCGUACAGUUGGUGAGAUAGCAAUUUGAAAUGUAUUUGUAUGCAUGUAUUUGUGGUAAGACGUGGCUUCAAUUUUGAAAAAUUUUGAUUUUUCAAAAUUUUUUUGAGAAGGUGAUUUUUUGAAAAGUGUAGUUUUAAAAUUUUGCCCCCGUAGCGCAAUGCUAUAACUUUUAAUGGCGUGAAAGAUGUGAAAUGGAUGGGUGCAACUGAGAAUGAGCCGGGGUGGAAAAUGUAUAAGGGUGCAUGCGAGCGGCGUAGAUUAGGGGUGCAAGCGAGCGAGUUCCGUGCGUGCUUUGCAAUAAGUAGUUGACUUCCUGUCCAGAAAAUCUCCCAGACGACCCUCUCCAAACGAAAUGCACAACAAAUGUCAAUUGCGGGUAACAGCAAAUUCGCCGGAUGGGACUGAGAAGACGUCUUUCGUUUUGUACAUUUGGCAAAGUGGUUUAGUAUUAAUUUGGUACGUUGGAUUCGAUACGCUUAAACAUGGAGAAGAUGAACGCCAGUGGGGAUGCUGGGCAGAUCAAAUCCAGACUCAGCCCCAGUGCUACUAAAACCGUUUUUGGCCUUCCACCCCCACCAUUUUCCGCAAAUAAUGGAGGGGGAGGGUUCAGUUCUUCGCCUCUGUCUUCACCAGAAACACAGAAGCCGAGACGGGCUUCAGCAAUCCCUCGGAUGAAAAAACAAAAUAAGCAAAAAUUUCCUCCAGCCAAAUCCGUAAUUUAUGGCUCUACAGCUCACAAUCAUAAAUCAAGCAAUACCUCUCAACAUCACUCGCUCUCCCAUUUUAAAGGCCCAUGGGUCCCUGCGCCAGGAAAGUCCACGGCUGCAGUCGACGGCAAUGAGCCAUCUAGGAAGGUCACCCAAUCCAAUGUCAAUACUACUCUUACGUCAGCAUCGGCUUAUUAUGUUAAUGGGCUGCCAAACUCUAAUGUGGAGGAGGAUGCACUUUCAAAUUUUUCAAGCGCUUCGUAUCCCGUGAAUCGAAUGAAAAGUAGAAAAUCUUCAUUGGUCAAGACGAGGAAAGGGCAAUCGUCACUGUUGGCAAAGAAAUCACAAACUCUGUCGUCAACUUCCUCCUACACAUUGAAGAGCAAAGACUCCUUGGUCGAUGUGACAGCUUUUCUAACCACCAAACGUGAAGAAAUUAUGCGUCUCUGGGAACAUUUUUUGGUCGACGGGGAUCAGCCAGAACUCUUGACCACUUUCGAAAAUGCGAAUCGACUAGCUGCCGAAGCUGCUAAUGAAGUGGAACACCUUCGGAUAUCUAUUCAAAAUUUACAUGAAAAAGAAACAAGUCUGAGUGAGGGAGACUGUGAACUUUUGGACCAAUUGAGACAACGAGUACUAGCAAAAAUUAAAGAGUUUGAAAAAAUCAAUAGCCAGGUUCAAAAUCAAGUCCUUGCAGUUACCGAACAAAGGUCAUCAUCAAAAGAAGUAACAGCUGCCCCUUCGACAAAACCAUCCAGACUGAUGUCAGCUCCACACCUUGGGCAAGAAAAGGAGGAACAUUUCACAAAACUUGAAAAUGAUGCAGAUGCUGACAUUUUAUUUAUCAAAGAAACCCCAGCAAAUUUUGCGACCUUGUCCGACUCCUCGACAGAUCCAUAUCCCGACCCAAAUGACACCCAAGGAUCCCACUAUUUAUUGAAUCAGUCCUUGAAUAAUCAUGAGAAUGAGUCCAGGCCAACAAUGACACGCGUCGUCAAUCAGAGCAAAAGUAAUACCACGGCCACAACCGCGCCCUCGACCACGAUGGACCUCAGUAAACUCACUCGCCUGUACAAUGAGCAGUAUGAACUGCCACCCGUUCCCAGUAGAAAAACGCAUCUGUCGAAUGAGCAAAAGAGCAAAAAUGUCAGAUUCACACAGGAAAAUAGUCGUAAACACGAUUCACAAGUCUCAGUACUGCAAAAGCAGUUAAGUGAUCUUCUCAAGCAACUUGAAAUAAAUGAGCACAAGUCUCAGACCAAAUCAAAAGGAUAUGCCGUCAGUGAUGACGAUUCUUCCACUGACCGCAGUGAGUCAACAAUUGUGCAUAAAAAUAAAAUUCUCCAACUUCAAAGAAAACUUAUGGAGGCAGAAGGAGACAUGGAAGAAUUGAAAGAUGAUCUUCAACGUGUAGAAUCUGAAUCCAAAUUCCAAGUUCGACUAUUAAAAUCCAGUUUUGAAGAUAGAUUGGACAACCUUGAAAACUUUCCUGAAUAUUUGCAAAUCACUGAAAGUAGGUUGAAAGCUGCGAUAGAAUCCAAGGCUGAGUUGGAGAAAGUGGUUCGAAAGCAAGACCAUGACAUUUCCAGACUGAAAGCUGCAAACUCGAAAUUGAGAGAAGAAAUGGACAAAACGAGGAAAGAAUUUCAAGGGGCGGAAAGCUCGCAAAACUUUCAUCAUCAUUUAAAGAUAAAAGAGUUGGAGCAAUUAAAUGAGAGCUUAAGUCGAGAGCUAAUUAGCAAAAAUGAUGAACUUUUGAAAUUGUCUCAAAAGUUUCGAACCUCCGCUCGACCCUCAUCGUCCUCAAUGCCACAGAACUCAGAGAACUCCCACUCUUCAAUAACAGUGGUUCAACAAUUGACCUGUCAAAAUAAGAAAUUGAAAAUAAAAACUGAAGAGUUGAGACAUCGACUGGCCAAUGCUCAUAAAAAUAUCCACAUUCUUCAAACAACAAAAGAAAAGAUGCAAUGCCGCCUCAAUCAACGCCAAGAAGAACUGCUCACAGAAUUAGAGGAAUCUCGUGCGAGAAAUCGGCAGCUUCAAAGUCAGAUCCACUACAUCCGGACAACUUAUCAUGAAUUGUUUCCCAUGGAACUGUUUCACGUACAUCAUAACCACAAAACUACAGGUAUAGAAAAAAAGAUGCCAUCAUCUAAUACGACACGUAGAAGUGUUCACGUCCGGGGUUCCAGUUCUCAAAUAAAAUCAACUAUUGCUGCGCCCACUAAUUCUGCCAAACGAGAGUCAGCAGGCAUCAAAGAACAAAUGUCUCAAGUAAAAACCUGGGUCACUGGUGAAGGAAAAAAGGACAGUUUGGUCAACAUCAGCACAGACGAUUUCACAGAUGACGAUGACGAUGAUGGUCAUGUUAAUCAAAAGAAUGGGAGGAUAGCGUCAAUAACUGUUUCAGAUUUGGACGAUCCAUCCGAGUCUUGAAGGAGGCCUGAUUUAGUCUAUAAAAUUAAACACGUCAUAAAUAUUUGGAGAAUGAGACCAGGCUGAGCUUAUUAAUGGUGAAAAAUGAUAAAAAUAUCUAUGUACGCAUUUUAAUCAGUACAGAUAAAUAAUUGUGAAUAAAUUAUUUAUUCAUGUUUAA